GGAAAUAAAAACAAAAAUAAAAUGGACAGGGGAGGAGUGGCCAAGUCGAAAGAUACGUCUGGGCUUUUGAUGUCCCUUAUUCGGACACUUUCUUCAAGUGCAGACUUUGAACAGCGAGAGAAGGAAAAGGCGCGUCUUGAAAAAGCUUACAAGGAAAGUGAUCGCAAAUUAGACAAGUUGGUUGCAGAACAUUAUGAUGACCUUUCUUCUAUUAUACAAGCCUACAGUGGAAUAGAGCAACGGAUAACAGCAUCGCGUGGGCGAAUCAAAAGUGUAAAAGAGAGUCUGCAGUCAUGUAAGAAUCUACUACAUUGUAAGAGGGAUGAUCUGCGUAAACUUUGGAUUGAGGGGAUUGAACAUAAGACUGUGGUCUCUAUGCUUGACCAAAUAGAGAAAGUGCGAGAUGUUCCAGAAAAGCUGAACACACAUAUGAACAAGAAACAUUAUCUCCAUGCUACAGACCUCUUAGUGUCGGCAGUGUCUUUAGUAGAGGGGAACCUUUCUGAAGUUGAAGCACUUCGGGAUCUCAAAUUUGAACUAAUAACAAAAAAGGAAGAGCUCCAUUUAACAUUGAUUGAUGAACUACACAAACAAGUCUACAUUAAGAGUACAAGUAACGUCAUCAGAGGAUUCCAGCGCCAUGGAUCUGUGAAAGGAGAACGUAAAGAUAGAGUAUCAGUAAUUGAGCUUACCAGCCCAAAAUCUCCUAACCCUCCAUCAUUCAGUGACACUGUGUCAGAGGAGAUAGUGGAAGACCUGAAUACUAACCCAGAGGACAACCAGGAUCAUUUCAUAGCCAUUAUGGUCGAGUCUCUCUCCAAUCUGAAGAAACUACCUGAAACUAUAGAGGCAAUAAGAAGCAGGCUACAGCCAGAGUUGAUGUCAAUUGUACAAAGAGCAGCCCAGCAAGUGGCUGAUAAUGCCUUUCAAGAGGGAGAGGUUAUAGCUACACAGUACAACCCUCGUUACCUGCUAGAAUACCUAGAGCUGAUUUUUGCACAGUUUAGAUGUGUAGCUAAGACACAUAAAAUAGUACUGAAGUACCUUGCCAAAAUACAGGAUUCCUCAUCGAAGAAUGAUGAUCGAGGGUUUGAGUUGUACACAAUGGGGGAUGUCUGGUCAAAAGUCCAGGAUGUGAUCCAGCUACUCCUGGCUGACUAUUUAGAUGUACGGAAUGCUUCUUCGGCACAACAAGGUGGUGGCAAUAAUUAUGAUGACGGAAGCAAUGAUAUUGCGUCUUACUUUGCCAAGAAACGACCAAACAGACAGAAAAAGUCAGCAUUGUUCAGGUUUGAUGCCUCCUCACAUGCUAUUAGUAUGAACAGCUACUUCAGAGAGCAGAGACAAGAUGUCUAUGGCAUGGGGGACAUCUUAUCAGCAAAUGACAGUCACUUUGGAAAACAACAAUUUGUCUGCAAAGCUGGGCCAGAUAACAUUACAGCGAUUUAUAAUCCUUUGAAGAAGUUUAUAGUUGAGAUUGAAAUAGCUACAGAAGUUGCUCCUGGGAGCUGUACAUUACAGACAUUCAUCACAGAUUUUGUGGCAAAUUUAUUCCUUGGUCAGGUCCAUUAUAACAUUACCAACAGCAUAGAUACCGCAACUAAAGGAUUUGACGCUCUGAGGAGUGUCACAGACCAACGAAGUCAGAAAGAACUUGGUGUAUCAAGACCCAUAUUACAGAGCACUGUAGCAGUGUAUAGGAAUAUACUGAAGUUAAGAGACUUGAUGAACGACCUGCCAGACUACGCAGACCAAUUCCUUCAUAUGAUAUGUAAGAUACUGGAAGACUACAAAGAAACGUGCAAUCAGGCUUAUAAAGGUAUAGUUAGUGCUGAAUCUGAGGACCAAAGAAUUAUAAGUGCAACAUGGGCCAAGGAUGAGGAUAUCAGUAGACUUUUAAGGUCUUUGCCUAUAUGGUCGAUAUGGAAACAGGCUGACAGGGAGAAUACGCUAUCGGAAGCUGACAUGAGGGUGUUGAACUCCAAGGAGAGUGAUAUUCUUACAAGUAACUUAGCCUCGGUGGAAAGUCUUAUACCAUUACACGAAAUCAUACAUGACAUUGGCCAGCUUAGAACUCUGGGAAAUAUGCAUGAAAGUUUGGACUGGUUUGCAAAUAGAAUCAAGGAUCUCACGACAAUGUCCACCAACAUCAGUACUGACGGAUUGAAUAUGGAAGAUGAAACAAAAGCCAUACCCAGUGUCACGGAGAAAACCAUGAAUAUAUCAGAAAAGACUAUGAAUUCUCUGCUAUCCCUUGCCACGGACUUUGAGGAGAUAUCUGAAGUAUGUAUUUUGGUGCUACAUCUAGAGGUCCGGGUACAUUGCUUCUACUAUCUAAUGCCAGUAGCUAAGCAGUCAAACUACUGCGGUGCCAUAGAUGACAUGGACCCUGACUCAAAUGUUUUGAAACUAAACAGAGACCUCACCAGCAUUGAGGAAGCUAUGGCACAGAGCCUACAACCUAAAAAAUUCAAGUAUGUCUUUGAAGGCCUGGGGCAUUUAGUGUCCACCAUACUCAUAAAUAGUACUCAAUACUUGAAACGUAUUAAUGAGAAUGGAAUCAAGAAAAUGUGUAGAAAUAUAUUUGCCGUGCAGCAGAAUAUGACAAAUAUCACAAUGUCGCGUGAAUCUGACCUGGACCAUGCCCGACAAUACUACGAAUUGCUUUAUCUCACAGCUGAUGACAUUUUGAGGUUGAUCAUGGAACAAGGAGGCCUCUUUACAGAAUUAGAAUAUAUGAAUGCCCUUAGUCUACUACACAGAAGUCAACCUGGAAGUGACCAAAAUAUUCUCCAAUCACGAUUACAGAGACUAAAAGAAAUACUCAGAGAACAGCAUGUGUAGAAUAAAGCAGAUUUAUUUGAUUUUUUAUUUAAUGGAAAUGAAACAAUUAUUGAGAAUGUUGCGUGCCAUUAAUUCUCAGUUUUGAGUUUUCCAUCUUGUAUUCCGCACAAGCCUUAUAAGGACUCAAAAUGACUUGAUCAUAAAUUCAUGAUAUCACAUGAAUCAAUUCCUAAAUGUUCAUAAGUGAUAUUCUUCAUGAGAUGGGCCCUCAGUUACAUCAUAUAGACUGCCAAAGGGAAGUGCCAAAGGGAACAAAUUUAUAUCUCUACAUAGUCCUAAAAUAUAAUGAGAGACUGAUAUGACUGAAUUCCCACCCUUAUAAGGGAAUUGAACUUGUGACUUCUUUGAAAUAGAAGUAUGCAACCAAAUCAUGUCAUUGUACUAAAAAGUGUUCGCCUUACAAAGGCGUUUAAGUUAUAGAAUAGAGGGUUACGACUUGAACAUUACUCAUAUGUUUACAUCGACUGUAUUUUAUUUAUAUUGAUAUAAUAAAGCUUCAUUACAUCUAUGAUCAUUUAUAAAUAUAUAAAAUAAAGUUUUUUAUUUUGUUAUUAUAUAAUAAAAUUACUUUAAGGAAGUUAACCAGUCAGAUUUUCUCCUAUGGGAAAUAUUUCAAUAAAUAAUCUGCUCCUGAGCAUGAAUCAAAAACCUGACUAGCUCACUUCCUUAGAAAUGUUGUCCCUGACAAUACUUAAACAAGGUAUUAACAUGCAAUAUGUCACUACC